AUGAGCACCAGCAGUCACAGCGGCCUCACCUUGGAAAGCAAACUUUGCCGUCAAUGGUUGGUGGCCUACAAGAAGCAACUUUUUGAUGCCAAGAAGAAAUCCAACUCAGCCGGCAAAGGAAGUGGCUUCAACAUCAAUAACAAUGAGGUCAAUGGCGAGCUACCUUCCCUUGAAGACCUCCUCCCCACAAGCUCUGAAAACACUACAUCAGCCAACCCAGUGAGCCCAACACUAUUAAUGGCACACGGUAACUUCACUCCUCUGGACUUGGCCACCCGUGGACGUUUUGUCAAUUUGCCUGGUCUGGACUGA